GAUGAUAUGGAUUGCAAACAGCUUUUUAUGGACUUUCCAUUUGGAACUUGGACAGAAACAGGGAAAAGACUAGGAAUUCCCCAAAGAACAAAAAUAAAACCAGUUGAUUCCAUAUAAUUUCAGGAGAUGGUUUUAACAUCUUUUUUAUUUUCAAAAACGCAUAUUUGUAAUCUCUUUUCUUGGGUACUUUCAACUGUAUGCAUAUUAACUUAUUCACUUUUCUUCUCAUCUUACUAAUAAAAUUCUGCUACAUGCUUCUCACACAAAAUUCACGAGCUAUGUAAAAUUUUAUAAUUUCACACAUGCCUUUAUACAUAAAUAUACCAUGAUUAUGCACUAAUUGACUCUGCCUCUACAUGAGGAUAAAUAUAAACCUUUUAGUCGUCAUUUUGUCGCACUUGACGCACAUGCAGUUGUAAAGGAUUUUCAAAGAAAUUCCCACGUGUCUGCCCAUCAGAUUUUUCUAAUUUCAUGAUUCUCUUGCUAAGUCUGUUGAUAAUUAUCAUUAAUAAUCCAUUGAAGCAGAACAAUGUUAAGACGACAGCCGAAAGAAUGUAGAUUUUUGCUCGCAAAGAACCAUCAGGGUCCAACCCUUCCGAAUUGUUCUUGUCAGCUAUAACGCUGUUGUAGGUUGCUGAUGGACUGGUUAACAGUGGAAAGGAUGAAUUGUUAGGAGUCGCAGGGAAUCCUUUUGGAGACCAUGAUAAUGGCGAUAUUUCUUUUAAUAUUAGCUCAGUAUUGCUGCAUGGCACUGUUGAAUGCAUCACUUCUCGAUCAUGGACCAGUUGACAAGAACACGGGAGUGUUACUUCGAGCGCUCCAGUCGACGAGGGAGGGCUAAUUACUUUAUAAGGUUGAGUAUCACAAUUAACAAACACGUCCAUUUUUGACUGGCCCAAGAUUGCAUAUUUGUCAGAAGUCAAACGUCUAAAAUAUGGCAGGUGAUUCAAACCUAAAUAUUGACAUUGAAUUUCACAGAAAUCUAUAAUAUCUUGAGUAGAAUUUCUUAUCAAAGCAUGAAGACAAUAUUCUAUCCUGGGGCGGUUAGCAAGAUCUGGUACAAGACAUAAUUCUCCAGAUUCGCAACUACUUGGAAUUGCAAAACUUGUAUGUUUCUCAAUAAGGAUUUGUGUGGUAGGAUGUUCGUAUUGACAAAUAUCUGCUACUGUUCCAUAAUGCCGUAAAAAAGGUAUCGGAAUCAUCACUGACAGUUUGUAUUCAAAUUCAGCCUUCUUUAACGGAACUAAAAUUCUAACUAAAUAAGCCUUCGACGUGAAGACACAAUCAGCUAUUGGAGCCUUGUAAUACAUGGACAAAUCGUCGGCAGCUAUAGUUAAUUCGUAUUUUUUGUUUUCUUUCAUUUUCAAUGUUUGUUCAACUUCUUUCAAUGUUGCUGCCAGAGAGUCCUGUGAAAUUAGAGAGUAAGGAAUCAUUCCGUCUCCACAAGUCGAAAUCGCUUUCGACCACUUUGACGAAAUGUAGAUAUGUUCCAGAAAUUGGAGAGUUUGCAAUGAGCUAUAAGCAUUCGUUGCAGCCGAAAACCUAUUGAACCCCGUCACCCUGUUCUUAUUUAAUGCUACGUAUUCCUCAAUGAAUUUGGAUAGCAUAAUUUCAUAGAGUGUAUCAUUCAUCUGGAAAUUAAUUGCCUCGUGGUUUAGUUUCUCGUAAACCACUUGUCCCAGCGGACAAUUCGCUAAUCGUUCAUGCACAUAAUCUGUUGUUUCUUCCAUUCCCAAUGUGUACGAGGUGAAAUGUGGUCGGAUUUCAUUGCAAUCGAUUCUCUCGUCAAUGUUUGCUGAUUUUGAGGUUGAAUUAAGUCCAGAAUGGUGGCGAGAAAUUGUUCAGCCACAGAGUACUGUGGAGUAUGAUUUUUUCAAAUUAGCAUUUUUCCACUGUACAUAUAUACUUACUAGAACAUAAUCCUAUUAUUUGCACCAACUAACCAUGUAGUGAACAACAGGGCACGCCAUACUAUCCCAAUUUUCACCAAAUGCGUCUUGUUCACUGCAAAGGGUAGAAAAGUUGGCUGGCCACUUGAUAUUUAAAUUUGAUGUGGUCCAUUCGGGUACAUCGAUUUCGUAAAUUACAGGAAUAUACGUGUUGUAGAACAAGGGAUCCGGGAGAUCUCGUCUCACUGCCCCAGCCACGUAGUAGGUUUUAUUAUCUUGAUGCAAUGAUAUCAUGGGCUGGCCCAACGUUAUCAUUGGAAACAAAAGGAGCGUCUUCAAAAAUAUAUCUGUUGCACAUAUUUAGAUGAAUAAUCAAAACUAAUUAUUAAAGAUGUCGCAUUCAAGUAAAUAUUAUUUUUACCUGCAUAUGAAAAUAACUUGUCAAUAGUAGUGUUCAUGUCACUUGUGGUGGACGACUAAUUUAAAAAUAGAAAUAAUGAUUACUCACUUAAUCUAUGUACGAUUUUAAGAAACUUAUCAUCAAUGUCUCGUGAUGAUUAUCUACAAGAGAUCUCAUUAAACUUGACUAACUACUUAUUACAAAAUAUGCAUGUAAGUAUGAUAUAGGGAAAUUUUAAAUUAUAGUAGGUUCAUAAAUUCGUUAUCACCUCCGGAUCGAAUGUGAAAGUGUAUUGCAAAACGAAAUAACGGACAAUAGACAUAAACACCAUUGUCUCAUCACCAAGCUUUUGGAGGAUAACCAAUAUGCAUUAUUUUUGAUGCAGUGGAAUAUGUACUUUUAAAUAAAGUUUUUUUAUUUAUCUUAUCAACUUGUAGACGUAGGUCAAAAACCAUUAGCAUGAUUUAAGAAAUUGAGAUGUGUAGGACCCGAUAUUUGUUUAUAUGAAAUGAUUUACCCAUGUACUUGUUGGCUGGCCCCUUCAUAUUUAGUUUAGGAUUAGUGAAAAAAAUGCAUAAUCUUAUUGUACUAGAGUUUGUAUAAUUUAAUGAUUGAGGCGAAUGGAAGAUUGAAAACCUCCAAAUUACGCUGCAGACUCUGAGCAAUAGUGCUCCUCAUAGUCCUCAUCAUAAAUCUCGAGUCUAAUUAAAAUUUCUUUAUUUGCUCACAACUUACUUAUCUAUUCAUACGGAAUUACCUAGUUAGCUGUAACCUUAGCAAACAUAUUUAAGUACUUUCAGUGCAGAAAGACCAAGUGGUGGAUUCUAAAAUAGAUUGAUAACAAACCUAUUAUUUCGUAAAAAAUGGAGCCCUCCUCAUCUUUCCACAAUGUCGUAAGUCAGGCUUCGCACUUGGUGGAACAAGUUCUUCAAGAUCACAUUAGCGAUCCAGAACAAAUGACCCAAAGUCUGAAAAGACUGGAGACGACUGGAAAACGACUUCUAAAAUGGGGUCUAGGUCAUGGCAGUCAAAAAAUUGGAGCUGCUGGAGAUUGUGGAGAGUGGUCCAAGGAUGAAAAGAUGCCUACCUGCAAAAUUAAAAUUCUAAUGCUUCCAGCAAAGAUUCGUCAUUCAAUUUGGUCUCGACUGGAUAACAAGGACAUUCUGAAUCUGAGGUCUGUUAGUCAACAAAUGAGAACAGAAAUUGAUCAUGAAUUUGGGCUGCCUAUCGUAUUGAACACAGAAAACGAUUCAAUUUAUUUAAUGCAAAAUAUAACGACGCGUAGUUGUUUUGUAACUCGAUUAGAUAAUUUGCUGCACUUUAACUUUCUUCCAAGCCCUAAUAAGUUGAAAUAUCUUCGCUUCCACCAUACUGUCAAACUUACUGCAGGAGAGUUGGAUCUCAUACUCAGGAAAUUCCCUUGUCUUUGGACCGUUUCAUUCUUCAAUCAAAAUCAGCUUCAUGAGUACAGGGAUAACAAAAUGCAACUGGUGGUGCCAACAGAUUCUAUGCUAUUUAUGAACAUGCUGCUUCAGAAAAAUAAUAUAUUUGGUAUCGACUUGAAAUACAACAACAUAACUACUGAUGUGGAGUGGAAACUGGAAUUUUAUCCAUCCCCGAAAAUUGCAGCUUGCAAGGUCGGCUAUGUUCAUGUGGAAAUGUCCAGUCAUCCAAUGCAACUUCAAGGCGACGUUUUGGCAUAUCUGGGAGAGCAACGAAAUCUUUAUGAAUUGAAAACUGAACUUGUUGGCAUCAAUUGGAAUUGUUAUUUUGAUGUCAUCCGACAAAAUCUAAAAACAUUGACUGGACUGUAUUUGUUGAGCUUGAAAUGUACAGUGGAUGAACCAUUUGACUGCAAAACCCUGGAAGGAUGCGAAAACCUUAAAUUUUUUUCGAUUGGUGGAGAGAAUUCUUUUGUCAACACUAACAUUGGUGGAUUUCCUUACAUCUCGAUCAUCAGAACCACUAGAUUAACAUCAUUGCAAAAAUUGCGUACAUGUUGUAUGGGGAAGGUAUACCUAACAAAGAACGAAUUCUCAGACCUGAAAUGCAAUUCAAAGAUUUUGAUUCGAAUAUCGCAAUCAAUGAUCGAUCAGAAGGAAGUUGAGGAGAUGAAAUUGGGAUUCAAUUUGAACUAUUCUGAAUCUUUUGAGACAAAUGACGGAGAGGAAGGGGACAACGUAGAGUAUGUUGUCUUUGAUAAAACUGAUGUAAAAUCCUUCAAUCCCACUAUGGGCCUUAAUCCAGCGCUUAUCAAAGGGUUACUGAUCACAACCUGGCUUGCUUUUUGUUAAUGCAUGGCGAGA